AUGAUUUUCUGCCUACGUCAAGUCCAGGAAAAAUGUAUCGAACAGAAUAUGCCGCUGUAUAUCACCUUUAUUGACUUCAGUAAAGCUUUCGACACUGUCUCUAGACAAGGCCUCUGGCAGGUUCUCCAGAGAUUUGGCUGUCCAGAGUUUACCAACAUAAAUGAAGCACUACACACCGGCAUGAAAGCAAAUGUAGUUAUAAAUACAUCCGUCUCGAAAGAAUUCAGUGUUUUAAAUGGUGUAAAGCAAGGAUGUGUAUUGGCGCCAACUCUUUUCGCGCUAUACCCUUCCGUCAUGCUAGAGGUUGCCUUCGAAAAUACCACAGGUGUUUAUAUACGGACAAGACAUGAUACUGACUUAUUCAACGUAGCUCACCUCAAGGCAAAAACCAAAACAUCUUUAAUCAUGGACACUGUACAGGACUCACGUACAAAAGUUACACGCCUGGCAGGACAGAGUGCCAAUUAG